AUGGAUCUUAAUGAACAGAAUACUCGAAAAAUAGACAGCACCCACUCAAACACAGAUAUAUCUAUCGAAAAAAAUCCUAAAGUAACAAUUACCAACACGCCCACCACACAGGAACCAGUCGACCAAGGAAAAAGACUCGCUUCAUCUACCUCCAACAUUAGCCACCAUGAUAACACCUCUACCAUAAAAAAUCCUAAUGAUCCAACACAAUCAUCAACAUUAUCGCAAAAGAUACAAAAAAUACUGGUACACUUGCAACUAAAUUAAAAGAUUCCUCCAAAACUCUACAACCUCUACACAAAAAACAUAAACGCUCAAACUCGAUUGAACAAAUAAUAAUUAAGCUAGAUGAAGAUCUGGAACCAGCUAAAUCCGCCUUCGAAAACUUACUGGGCUUAAACAUUUAUUUCUAACAACUUAAAUAUAUUAUUAAAAACACGCUUAGCGUGCAAAACUCCUCCAGUGUUUUAAAGCAAUUCAACAUAUCACUCAUGGAAACGAUUGAGAUUAUCGAUACGAUCCGCCCAAAAAUUAAAAAUCUUAGUAUCAAGAACAGACUCACGAGACUAGCUAACUCUCUUCUUGACACUUCAUUAUCCAUUGAUCCUCCCCCAGCACAACAAUAAUAAUUUACAAGUAUUGCAAACAUUGCAUUUAAUAUAAAACAUCCUAUAAUGAAGAACCUAAAUAUAAUACAAUGUAAUAUAAAUAGCUUCAUCAAAAAAACGUCAUGAUCUACAAUUAAUAAUCAAACAAUAUUCAUCCAUGUGCAUUAGCCUCAAGAAACAAAUCUAAAAAGUAAUAACAUACCAAGUAAUAAAAACUACAAAAUCUUUCACACCAAUCGUCUAAACUGUAAUCGGGCUAGCGGCGGCAUCGCGUCUCUAAUACACAUUGACUACCCCAGCGAACAGAUAUCAAUUCAUUCUCAUCUAGAAGUCAUCGCGGUUCAGAUAACACUAGAAUCAAAAAUUUCAAUAUGCAAUAUAUACAUCCCAAAUCAAACAUCUUUUGAUACCUCCGAUAUAGACAACAUCAUCAAGCAACUCCCCAAAGCAUUUAAUUAA